GGUUCGAAUCGAAUGAGAGUAAACAUAACCGCGUAUCAACGUAACGUUUUGUUCGGUGUUCUUGUUUAUUGCCGGUAUUAUUCAGUUGCAAUUUUAACAAUUUAAUGUGAGAAUAAUAAAUUUCCGUUUUUCAAUGUGAUUUUAAAAAGAAUUGAUUCGUGACGGGAGAUGAUUGUAACAUUCGAAAAGUUUCAAUUUAAUUGGAUUUCUACAAACACAUUUUGCUUCUUUAUUAAUUUGUUGACAUUUUGUACAAUAAACAGAUGGAAUUAUAAUGCCUGGAAAAUCCACUCCAAAUAUCACGUUAAACAUUGUUAAACAUCGCUGAACUUUAUCAUUCUAUUAUAACGUUUAAGCCUUUGGAUAGACGUAAUCCACAAAGUAUAUGCUGUGUACUUUCGCAGACAGAAAAAUCCUGAAGCAGUUUGCAAUGAAAGCAAGAAAAAAACGGGGAUGGAGUGAAAGAAAACACAAUGAAGAAAGGAAAGGUCGAGCCUGGUGGAACUGUCUGGCAAAUGAAAUUAAGAAGAGAAAAAUGGAGACACUUCGCGACUGUUCGAAGACAUUUUCUAACGAGAAGAAACGACUUUAUAAAUCGGGCUGGAAACUCGGUAAUACAGUGCUGGUCUCUGUUCUACUUUCAUUCGGCCGAGUUCCCAACAUGAGAAACUUUGAGAACAGAAGGAUUGCGUGUCGGCCGAGGAAAGAGAGAACGAAAGUAAAUCAAUUAACCUACGACCUACUGAAUUUGACCGUACAGAUUGUGGAGAAUUCGUAAGUGGUGCGAAAACAACAAAAAUGUUCAUCAUCGGAUAGAAUAACGACAUUUAUUUGAUUUAAUUACUUCAGACGGAAAUUUGGAAAAUUGAUAUCAAUUAUGAAGGGAAUCAAAAGGGAAAUAUUUUGUUACAUCAACAGAACAAUACCACAUUGAUCAUUAAGAAAUAUAUAUAUUAAUAAUGAAAAUUUUCUAAAGCAGUCAAUAAAAUUUUUAAAGUGUCAUCAUUGCAAUUGCAAGAAAAAGGAAAUUAUCAAAGGGGACCGUCUAAAAUCGAGGAAGAAAUUGAUUGAAUUUCCUGAGAAUCAUCAGGGAAUUGUGGGCUAAGGUCGAACCUACAAUCACAGGGCGUAUCAGUGAGCGUCUCCGUUCUGCGCGUCACGCUAUUCGCUGACCGAGCUGGGGGGUGCGUUCAGUCUGCUUCGAGCCGCGACUGCGAGAACUUGUAUCACGGAUCGUGCGUCUCACCGAAAACAAACUUUGGCUCAAUCCGUCCCUGAGAACGAAUGAAAGUCAAUCGAAGAUCAUAAAUUCAAUCGAAGCUACAUCAGUUUUAGUUUGAUAAAUUGUCUUGAGAAGACGAUCGUGUGCUCCGGUUCGCGCCUCUUUGAACGGAAAACUACUUUGACAUAUGAUACCGACGGAAAAGCGGGAAACCUCGCGAUCCUAUUCCUUGGUCGACAUGAAUUCUACACCACCUUUUCUCCGUGUUGAGGGAUGAGAAAAUGCCCCAAUGAUGCUGCAUCGAAGCACCUCGUCGCGACGCUCUAGGGCAUCGCGGAAUAUGACGAAUCUCAGCUACACGUCGACGAUCGCUGGACCAAGAGGACGACGUGCUAGCGUCGCGACCGACAGACCAAUUGAUUUACCUCAAACAAGUCCACGCGGAACCAUGGAGCGAUCACCUCGAGGCAGUUUCGUGCCCGACAUCGCUCUCGACACCGAAAACGAUUACGAGAGCACCACCCACAGGACCUUACCGGACCGAGACCAGUACGGAUCACGAAAUAUGCUGAACCAAAAAAUAAGUCGCAGCCCACGCAAUUCUUUGGUGCCUGAAGAUUACUACAGAGGUCCUCGGAACGGAGGACGCAGCCCUCGAAACAGUUUGGUCCCCGAUCAAGGAUUAGCACCGGACAUGUUGUACGGUUCGCGACAUUCCUUGGUCCCGGAAGGUCCAUUGAGUCCCAGGAACUCACUGGUACCGGAUGUUACGCACAACAGAAGCCCGCGCAACAGUAUCGCUCCCUUGACCGGUUCAAGAACCUCCUUGAUAUCGGAAAAUGGAAAUCAAAUUCCUAGUCGCAGUCCUCGCCACUCUUUGGUACCAAGUUCGUCCAGAAGCCCUCGCGGAAGUAUCACGAACAUGGAACUGGUAGAUCGUAGCCCUCAGAGAAGUCCACGAGGUUCGAUCGCCUCGGAAUGCAUGAAUCAAAGCCCAAGAAACUCGAUCGCUCCGUACGAGCAGAUGCACAGGUCAUCGCGCGGGAGCAUUGGUAUGAAUGAUGUACACAGAGGAUCGAUCAGUGCUAACGAGGAUGAGACAAGGAGUCCGCGAAGGAGCAUCAAUCCUGACAUUAUCGAUAGAACCCCCAGAGGCAGCUUCGAUGGCUUGCCAGAGAGGAGGACCACAAAGGCGACCCUGAUGACACAAGAUCCGAGAAGGGCUUCGGCUGAUCAAGGCAUGAACGGCAGUAAAAACUCCUCCCCUUGCCGACUGAAGGAGAUAAACUCCGGAAGCGUGAAGUCUGGCGGAAGCACGGUCCAGAUCAACCUAGGAUGCGGGCCAAGCACUUUCGAGGAUUCAAGACGAGCCAGUAGCUCCGUCUCUCAGUUUUCGAACGACGAAUCCCGUCGACUGUUCACCAACGGUCCCUGUGUACCAAAGAGUACCAAAGAAAAUGGAAAUGUCAGGGUGGUCACUUAUGGUUCGGUCGUGUUUCAAUUGAAAGAUGCGAAUUUGGAAGCAGACAACACUUGUGACUUCGUCCUACGUGCGCUUAAAGUGGUCAGCAGAACCAGGGUGGCAACAGGAUGUCUGGUGUGCUUGUCUGCAGUUCCGGUUUCGAUGUUGAUUUUUGGAUGGAAAUUCUUCAACGAAUGUCCACGGGAACCGAGAAUACCGAUUUACAUGGUAAUCGGCGGAACGUUCGGCUCCAUGUUCAUGACUUUGAGCAUCUACUCGCAGAUACGAUCAAGAAGGCCAGAGGUGGUCAUGGCGCAACCUCAAGAACCUCAAAUCUCUUUCACGAAAUUGAUCACCGUCGUCUUAUCGUUCUUCCUACUCGGCUGGUUCGUGAUGGGAAAUUUCUGGAUUCUCAGCAUCGAAUGGCCAAAGAACGAGUCCACUUACUACGCACCGAACACUCAUUGUAAAAAUCGUUUGUAUAUAUUCGCGCUGGUGCAUUUGAUCGUGAUAUACGUGGUGUUCGCGAUCACGUUUCUCGUGAUAAUCGUGUUGGCUUCGUUCAGAAUCCUGGAUUGCCCUCUGCCGGAAAGAUAUAAAUAACCACGGCGGUCUAGCUGUUUGAGAGCUGCGGUACCCGAGGAAACGUGGACGAUCUGCGUGGAGGGUAAGGAGAAAUGUGUCGUUCAGAGGCACGCUUUGAAAACUGUCGUGGAACAGAACGAGUGCAACACGGAACCGAAUUUCGCUAAUGUUUCUAACGACAAAGUUGCUCCCGAGUCUAUUCCAGAAAAACGUGAUUUCAUGUCCUCCUGUAUUAAUGGAAAUGGAAUGCAGUCCGAAAUGAAUACCGACUACAACGUUGAAUUGGAGAAACAGCAAAAGGUUGAAGCGACUUUUGCUUCGAGUAUACACAAAGUUGCCCCAUAAUUCGUCGUGACUUAGUCGUUCAAAUCGUAAUACAAGAUCGUAGAGAAUAAUUGUCGAAUUCAAAAGUGCCAUGACUCGGAAGAAAUUCUUUGACAAAAUGAAGAUUCUCUUUAAAAAAAAUUGAAAAGCUACAUAGAUCAGACUUAUUCGGAAAAACAAGAAUUUUUCGCAAACCCAAGGGCGGUAAUGGAUACGUUUAGAGUCGAUAUUCUGUGUAGGUGGGCAAAAACCAUGCGUUUCUCGAAUUUGUCGACAAAAUCGUAGCUAUCGUGGCUUUCGUGGAAUUCAACGAAAUACGUUAGCAAAGAGGGAAAAUUCUGAACGAAACCCUGACCGUGUUACGUAUCGUUCGAACCAUCCAAAGCGGAACCGAGCAAAAAGAAAAUCGAGAAGGCUCAAUACCAGAAAAGAGGGGAUUAUGGAAGGAGAACGAAUCGAGUUCGAUCGAUUUCUGGAAAACGAAUGGAUGAGAAAGGUUAUUGGUUCUUUAUUGCAACGAGACAUGGGUGUAUACGUAUGUAACGACCUGCCACUCGAUCUAACGUCCGAAUCCACUUGAUCGAAUCGAAUUCGACGAUAUACCGCGGCUGCCAAUGCGGAUAUACAUAUAUAUAUAUACGAAACAUCCUCGACAAGGUUUCCUUUCAAACGCUUUAAUGCGGUGAAAGAGAAGAAAAGACAUCCGAACAGCUAACGAAGCAAACGCAGCAGAAAAUUUGUCACGGGAUUGCUGCAACUUUUCAUUUUCUAUUUUUCUUCAUGUAUGUUCUAAGGGUUUCGCGAAGCGACUCGGAUACCUGACGCUGGGAGAAAUUACGUAGAGGGUUCCCUGAAGAGAAUUAGCAAAAGGAGAGUUUACACGAUGGAGUUUGAGGUUGCAGAACAUCCAGGAGCUUAAUGGUGAAAGGGGUAGACGAUUGCUUCUCGACCCCUAAUGCGUAAUGUUUUUUGGAGAACUUAAAAGGUAAGCGACACGCUUUCGUUGUUCCUUUGAAUGCUUCCGGGUUCGUUCGAAAGCUUACGCUUGCUCAAGCAUAUAUCGAGCUCGGUAUAAUACGUGGUAAAGUUCACAGAAAAGUGUGUACACUUUUUUGUCAAAAUGCAUACCUUCCCCCCAGAUUUAUUGUCGUGCUUUCCGUGCAUAUCGUCUCGAUGACGUUUAAUUGUUACGUGAAAAUCCGUACAAAGAGAUUUUGUUGUACAUACUACUUUUUAUAAAUGUUUUUAUCGGCGGUUAUGGGGUUCCAUUCAUACUGUUUGUCACGCAACUGAUGCCUAUGUCCAUCAUCUUCCACAAGGCAUCGCGUUGUCAAUUGGUGUCAGCAAAAAGUUAUGUGUUUCUUUCGUGUAUCAGCUCGAUGCAAUUCUCUAAAGCCUAACUAAUAAUAUGUUGUCUGUACACUAAUUUAAAAAAAGAGAUCGUGUCGUGUUGUGUCGUUCCUUUCAUAGUUACAUAUGGUAACGCGUGAUCCGUAAUAAUCCGUUCGAAAUGCCAUCCCAGAAUCCAAAACUUGAUUCUCGUCUGAUUUACAACUAAAGUAACAUAAUACUAACUACCGUCGACUAAAAAAAAAAACGGGACACGAAGAUGUCCCCGUAAGGAAGAAGAGAAAGAGAUAAAUAAUUGUCAAUUAAAUCAAUGCAUCGGAGAUUUCAUUCCAUUGUCAUGGAACACGUAUAACCGAUGACAAUUUGAUGUACACACAUAUAUAUAUAUAUACAUGUUCUAUAUAUAUAUAUAUAUGUAAAUAUAAAAAUAUGCAUACAAGCUGAUACGUUAACGUAAUCGUUAUCAAAGCAUCGACCAAAUCAGAAUGGGAGAGGUGAUAGAUAUCAAAAAUGAAUAGUGAAUAAUUUGUAUUUCUCAAAAAUUAUCCACUAUCUAUUUAUGAUGAUUGAUUAAAUUUGAAAUUUCAUAUGAUAGGUGUUAACACGUUCACUGUGAACUUAUGAUCGUAGAUAUUCGACGGAUGAAUGAAAUAAGUUAAAAUAAUAUGAACUAUGAUAUAAAUAGUAAUAAGAAUGGUAAUAUUAAUUAUGGGUUCGCAGUGAACGCGUUAAAAGAAAAUUGCGUUCAGGAAGCGUGAAUCUCGUUUGUCAUCCAAAUGACAAUGUUUGAUAGAAGAGUCAUCGAGACACGUUCGACGUCCAUGAUCGCGAGACGAUUCGAAAACGGGUCCAUUCUUAAUCGUCCGUACAAAUAGAUGUUACCGAUCUGUGCCAAUAUUUCGGCACGGAUCAUCGUAUUAAUCUGUAUCGUGUACACUUUGUCGAUGUAAAUGUGUGUGAAUCGUCUCCUGUUAGACAAUUGUCUUCGAUAAUCGUGAUCGUUCUUCUGAUUCGUGAUGAAAGUUGCGAAUAGAUCAUCAAAAUUUCAAAUAUUUUUUCCUUUAAUUAUUCGUUCUCGUUUUGAUUCGUUUAGUUUAAUUAUCCAUUCACAUUCAAAUGCACGAAGCUGGAAGAUAAUAAUAAAACGCGUUUAAUCGGUGCAGAGAUUAUUUUAUUUUCGGGAAAUUCGAAUGGUACGGAGUAAAAUUAUAUUUUAUUUCCAAUCAAUCGAGCGCGUACACCCACGUCGAUUUUACGAUUUGCGAAUGAAUGUAACCUGGCAAAAUAUCGUUCAGUAAAUAAAAGUCUGAGAAUCUCGGUAAACAAACAUGAACGAUUUUCAAGAAUCAACAAUGAAAUGUAAACUGAUGAAUCAAUGAAAACAAGUAUCAAUGAAUGCGUGGGAACAACUGGUGGGUGUAACAUAUAAAAAACAAAGGAACAGAAGAAACGAUCAGUUAAUGAAACGCGUCGAAACAAGGGGCAAGAUUAUUUUACAUGACACACAUAUACACUAAUUGCGUAGAUGAUGGGAGCAAAGAGAAUUUGAGGGAAAAGUGACCUGAAUUGCAGUUACGUCUGUACUUUAUCGCAUGUCCAACGUUUUGAAAAAAUGCUGUCAAAAAUAUGGGACCACCUUUUAAUGCUUAUAAAGAAAAAAAAAUAGAAAAAUUAAAUUUGUGGUGCUCAAAUGCAAUUUGCUAAUCUGUCAAAAAA